CAGGAACAGCGCAGCCGCGGUUGGAUGGGAAGGGCGAGACGAGGGAGCUUAUAACCCUGUUACAAACCCCUCCGCCAUUCAGCCAGGCUCCCUCCUCGACAAAACCGAGAGGGUCAAGAGCGAACCGAGUCGCUAAAAAAAAAAAAAAAAAAAAAAAACCCUUUAAGCUUAUUUUUUUCUUCCCACCUUCCUUCGUUUCUCCAUCAGUUUGCAUACUCCCCUCAACGCAGCAGCGACAACAUGCGUGAGAUUGUGCAUCUUCAGGCCGGGCAGUGCGGGAACCAGAUUGGAGCGAAGUUCUGGGAGGUGAUCAGUGAUGAGCACGGCAUUGAUCCGACUGGAACAUACCAUGGGGACAGCGAUCUGCAGCUGGAUAGGAUCAACGUCUACUACAAUGAGGCUUCAGGUGGAAAGUACGUGCCAAGGGCCAUCUUAGUAGAUCUGGAACCUGGCACCAUGGACUCUGUCCGCUCUGGCCCUUUCGGACAGAUCUUCAGGCCAGACAACUUUGUCUUUGGCCAGAGUGGAGCAGGUAACAACUGGGCAAAGGGCCACUACACAGAGGGAGCUGAGUUGGUGGACUCAGUCCUGGACGUUGUGAGGAAGGAGGCCGAGAGCUGCGACUGCCUUCAGGGCUUCCAGCUCACGCACUCCCUGGGCGGGGGUACCGGCUCCGGCAUGGGAACCCUGCUCAUCAGCAAAAUCCGGGAGGAGUACCCCGACCGUAUCAUGAACACCUUCAGUGUGGUGCCUUCUCCCAAGGUGUCAGACACUGUUGUGGAGCCCUACAACGCUACCCUCUCUGUGCACCAGCUGGUUGAGAACACUGAUGAGACCUACUGCAUUGACAACGAGGCCUUAUACGACAUCUGCUUCCGCACCCUCAAACUCACCACACCCACUUACGGAGACCUCAACCAUCUGGUCUCUGCCACCAUGAGCGGGGUGACGACUUGCCUGCGGUUCCCCGGCCAGCUAAACGCCGACCUCCGCAAACUAGCGGUCAACAUGGUGCCCUUCCCUCGUCUGCACUUCUUCAUGCCCGGCUUCGCGCCACUCACCAGCAGGGGCAGCCAGCAGUACAGAGCUCUUUCCGUGCCCGAACUCACUCAGCAGAUGUUCGACGCCAAGAACAUGAUGGCAGCCUGCGACCCCCGCCACGGCCGCUACCUGACCGUGGCCGCCGUCUUCCGAGGGCGCAUGUCCAUGAAGGAAGUGGACGAGCAGAUGCUGAACGUGCAGAACAAAAACAGCAGCUACUUCGUGGAGUGGAUCCCCAACAACGUCAAGACAGCCGUGUGCGACAUCCCACCCCGCGGGCUCAAGAUGGCCGCCACCUUCAUCGGCAACAGCACGGCCAUCCAGGAGCUGUUCAAGCGCAUCUCCGAGCAGUUCACCGCCAUGUUCCGGCGCAAGGCCUUCCUCCACUGGUACACCGGAGAGGGCAUGGAUGAGAUGGAGUUCACUGAGGCGGAGAGCAACAUGAACGACUUGGUGUCCGAGUACCAGCAGUACCAGGACGCCACAGCCGAGGAGGGAGAGUUUGAGGAGGAAGGAGAGGAGGAAGUCGCCUAAGGCUAACAGUCACUCAUAUUUCUCAUUGGCACUCAUACAUCCGGUUAGCCAAGUCCUACUCUGCUCUUUUCUUUUAGUUUUUACUUUUCCUUCCUGUCUUGUCCUUUUCCUGCUCUCUUAUUCAUGUCAUCUCUUCCCUGCCUCUUCAGUUUCUAGUCGUCACCUUUUUUCUUCUUCUGGCAGAGUUGAAUUCACACACUAAAAACAUAGCUGACCUUUGUAGCGGUAACAACGGCUACAUUCACACAGCAGGUCGUGAUGCUCAAUUCCAAUUUUUUUGCUAAAAUACAAUUUAUUUAUUUAUUUUUUUGUGCGGCUGUUCUUACUAAUUAAAUGCAAUGGCACAAUGUGAACGUGUAUGACCCCAAAGUAAGCCCACUGCGCAGAAGAACGUUGACAUCAUGUAGCAGCGAACUCUCUACUGAAGUAAUAGUGUAUUUAUCGAUCUUAAAGCUUAUUCAGUAAUGGGAAUCAACAGUAUCGUAACAAGAUACCAAUAAAAAGAAAGUACAACUAACAGCGAUGGCCUUUGGCGGAUCAUCGAUUGCAACGUCUGUAGCGAAGUCUGUUUGGAUGUUUAGUCAGAGCCAGGAGUGGCGAUAUGGUGAUGUGAGGUGCUUUCUUGAUGCAGACUUACGUCAUAAUCAUAAUUUUCAGCCAUUGUUUGCAUCUGGUGCAGAGUUAUGACACAUGUCUCACAUCAAGGAUGUAAAUGUAGGAUUAAAUGCGACACGACUGUUCAGACUGCAGAUCCUUUGAAACAAUCGGAUACAUAUGGAGGUGGCACAGAUUGGCUUUUUAGAGAUAGAAAAAAUCGGAACGGGCGAAAAACUGCGGAUUUGGGUCACAUUUGCCUGCUGUGUGAACUUAGCCAAAGACGUGUGCAAGUGAUUUCUUGUCAGUAGCAUUUUGUUCAUUGCCAUCAUCGCCAGAUAAUCUUUCACACUGGGCCCAGUUUGAGCACUUGUCUGAUUUGGCAUUGGUUGAAAUAAAUAUAUUAUUAAACAAGUCUUUGUCUGUGGGAUCACUUCUGUAGCUUGAGGUUCAGCUUGAAGAUAUUUUUCAUCAAAUAUUUUUGAUUUAUUGUUAAAAUUGCCUUUGUUUGAAUUCCCUUUCAGUUUUCAUCUUGGAUGACAAAAAAACUUGUCAAAAUGGAGACCUCUACUUUUCAAAUGCCUUCGAGUGACACCAGGGGGCAGCAAAGGGUCUGUGUGCAAAGUGCCUUUCUGAUCAGGAUGUGGAUUGCUUUGCCUCUUUGCAGCUGGUGUACAUGCAGUGUUUAUCUAACUUUUAUUUACUUGAACAAUAGCGGGGAAACCUAGUCAACUGUUCUCAAUAAUGAUGCGUUAACUAACAUAAGCGUGUGCGUGACUGCACAAAUCAAGUAAAACCGGAUUCUCACCGACGGAUCUGCUGAUGUCAGAACUCUAAAACUACAUUAAGCCUCCAUGCUCUGAGCUGUUCUGUUAUUUAGAGAUUCACCACACAAGCAAGCAGCAGGAGAUAUCAGCGAAGUGGGUCAUUUUAAUUUUGAGGAAGAUGUCAUCUUUCGAUCUUAUGAACUCUUUUAAAUUUAAACACAAAAUAACAAUGAGUUACGAGAAGUUCACAUCUCAGAGGCUGUCUCAUCACGCACGUCAUUUACACAUUGACAAGAACAUAUUCAGAUAGAUCAGGAAGUGUUUCGUCACUCUGGCGCUGACUGAGCAGACUGCUGCUUCUGCUGGCGGUCUGCCCUCAUCUGUAACGGCGCCUCAUCAGAGCUAUGGCACUCGUCUAGCCGAGCACUGAGGGCCCUCAUCUCCUCCAGGACUAACACAUGGAAACAGUCACAUUCAGGCAGGAUGGGCUCCAGACUGAA